AGACUGCGAUCCCGUGAGAGUGUGCGAGUGUGUUUGGUUUCGGAAGGGAGUGGAAAGCCCUCCGCGACACAGUGUCACUCAUAUAAUGUGACACAGGGAGGGGACAGGGGAGAGAGAGAGCGAGGGUUCGUAUCGGUUGUGGCUACAGAACACUGGGAAAAAGGCAAUGCACGCGCGCACCGUCGCCUAGGCUACCGUCGGUGCCGUUAUCUAGCCUUCUGAAUGAAGGAUUGAAGCUGAAGAUUCCCAAAGGUUUUCCUCCCGGAGAAAACAGAAACAAUAUUUUUUGUUUUUUUCUCUCUCUCUCUCUCUCUCUUUCUCGCUCCUCCAUCCUUCUUUCAGGUCUCUGAGGAUGUGUCAGAACUGAGCUGUCUGUCAUUGAGAAGAAGCUGAUAUAUGAAAAUCAGAGCUGGUGUCAGAAGUUGACAAGACAGAGGACACGGAUAUUGAAAGACACAACGCUAAGACCAAUGUUAUGUCUGCCUAAAGUAACCUUACACAACGAAGCGGAUCGUAAAGACCGAGACCGGAAUCCUCAUCGCCACGAGACCUGCCGUGACCAGCGGAUCACAGGUGCAAGCACUCGUACACCGGAGAGAAACGAGACGUCGCUGGAGGAAUACGGUUUCAAGUGUGUUCUAAAACACAGAAGGAUCAUGUCACGCCUACAUCUCCACCUCUCCUCCCUCCGUUCCUCCUCUCUCUCCUCUGUCCUUCUCCUAGUCUUCCUCUCCUCCAUGCUCCUCCUGUCCCUCCCCAGCCCGGCCGUGGCCGGUUCCACUCCUCUAUCAGAGGGGGGUAACGUAAAGGCUAACUGCACGGCUACAGGAGACCCCUGUCAGGAGGGGGUGGUACUGCCCGUCUGGAACCCACAGAACCCCUCUGUAGGAGACAAGGUAGCGCGGGCCAUUGUCUACUUUGUAGCGAUGAUCUACAUGUUCCUGGGGAUGUCCAUCAUAGCUGAUAGAUUCAUGUCUUCUAUAGAGGUGAUAACCUCUCAGGAGAAGGAGAUCACCAUAAAGAAGUGGAACGGGGAGACAACCACAGCUACAGUGAGGAUCUGGAAUGAGACCGUGUCUAACCUCACUCUCAUGGCUCUGGGAUCAUCUGCUCCUGAGAUACUGCUCUCUGUUAUAGAGGUGUGUGGCCACGGCUUCGAGGCUGGUUCUCUGGGUCCCUCCACCAUUGUGGGCAGUGCUGCUUUUAACAUGUUCAUCAUCAUCGCCCUGUGUGUCUAUGUGGUUCCUGAUGGAGAGACCAGGAAGAUUAAACAUCUCCGUGUGUUUUUCGUGACCGCGGCGUGGAGUGUGUUUGCAUACAUCUGGCUGUAUCUUAUCCUGUGUGUGUUCUCUCCUGGAGAGGUGGAAGUCUGGGAGGCCGUGGUCACCUUUCUGUUCUUCCCCCUCUGCGUGGUCCAGGCGUGGGUGGCCGAUCGACGAUUGCUCUUCUACAAGUACGUCCGCAAGCGUUACCGUGCCGACAAGCACAGAGGCAUCAUCGUUGAGACGGAGGUAGGGAUGGACGGAGGGAUGGGAGGAGGAGGAGGAGGAGGAGGAGGAGGGAUGUUGGGGCCAGGUGGGUUCACUAAGAUGGACAUGAUGGAGUUGGACGGACAGGUGGUGGAGGGAUGGAGGGAUGGAGGGAUGCUGGAGGACGGAGGACAAGAAGGGAGGAGGGAUCUGGAGGACGUGGCCAGGAGAGACAUGGCGAGGACCCUGAAGGAACUGAAAGCCAGACACCCUGAUAGAGACACAGAGCAGCUUAUAGAGAUGGCCAACUACCAGGUGUUGGUCCAGCAACAGAAGAGCCGAGCGUUCUACCGUAUCCAGGCAACCAGGAUGAUGAUCGGAGCAGGCAACAUCCUGAAGAAGCAUGCUGCUGACCAGGCUAGGAAGGUGGUGAGCAGCCAGGAGCCCCAGCUGCAGGAAGACGACCCCCACACGACCCGGAUGGAGUUUCAACCCUCCCACUACCAGUGCUUCGAGAACUGUGGCUCACUCAAACUGACCGUGGCCCGACAUGGCGGAGACCCUGGAGCUUCUGUUAAGGUGGACUACCGUACAGAAGACGGCACAGCCAACGCCGGUUCAGACUAUGAAUUCGCUGAAGGGACCCUCCUCUUCAAGCCGGGCGAGACCCUGAAAGAGAUAACUGUGGGCAUCAUAGACGACGACAUCUUCGAAGAGGAUGAGCACUUCUAUGUCCACCUCAGUAACCCUCGUGUGGUUGGCUACGACCCGUUGGAGACAAACUCUAACUCCUCCCCCAAGGCGGUGCUUGGUGACGGCCACACGGCGACGGUGACCAUCUACGACGACGAUCACGCGGGGAUAUUUUCGUUUGAGAUCGACGCCCUGCGGGUGAGCGAGAGUGUUGGGGUCAUGGAGGUCAAGGUUCAGAGGACGUCGGGGGCUCGGGGGCUGGUGGUGGUGCCUUACAGGACCGUAGACGGGACAGCCCGGGGUGGAGAGGAUUUCGAAGAGGUGUCUGGGAAUCUGGAGUUCCAGAACGACGAGACGAUGAAGAUAAUCGAGGUGAAGAUCAUUGAUGAUGAGCUUUAUGAAAAGAACAAGACCUUCACAAUGGAGCUGGGGGAACCGCUACUUCUGGAUGCUGGCCAAAAACACGGCGACUCCAAUGAGAACAAGCCGACGGAUGACGAGGUGGCCAAGAUGGGCUGUCCCAGUCUGGGAGAAAACACACGGAUAGAGGUGGUCAUCGAAGAGUCUUACGAGUUCAAGUGUGGGGUGAAUACACUUAUGAGAAGAGCUAAGAAGAACACAGUAGAUAAGCUGAUCAAGAAGACUAAUCUUGCGUUGGUGGUGGGAAGCUGCAGCUGGAGAGAGCAGUUUGUCUCUGCCGUCACUGUCAGCGCAGGUGAUGAUGAUGAUGAGGAGAGUGGUGAAGAGCGUCUGCCGUCCUGUUUUGACUACAUCAUGCACUUCCUCACCGUCUUCUGGAAAGUUCUGUUUGCCUUUGUUCCUCCGACAGAGUACUGGAAUGGCUGGGCCUGCUUCAUCGUCUCCAUCAGUCUCAUCGGAGUUCUGACGGCUGUAACAGGAGACCUGGCCUCUGCCUUCGGCUGCACUGUGGGUCUGAAGGACUCUGUCACUGCCGUGGUGUUUGUAGCACUAGGGACCUCUGUACCAGACACCUUUGCCAGUAAGGUGGCCGCCAUCCAGGACCAGUACGCCGACGCCUCCAUCGGCAACGUAACCGGUAGCAACGCCGUGAACGUCUUCCUCGGGAUCGGAGUGGCGUGGACCAUCGCCGCCGUGUUCUGGCGCUCCAAAGGCCAGGUGUUUCGUGUCGACCCGGGCUCGCUGGCGUUCUCCGUCACGCUCUUCACGGUGAUGGCGUGCAUAUGCGUGAUGAUCCUCCUCUACCGACGGCGAGCGUCAGUGGCAGGCGGGGAGCUCGGAGGGCCGAGGACUACCAAGAUCAUCACAUCACUGGUCUUCUUCUUCAUGUGGCUGAUCUAUAUAUUGUUGUCAUCACUGGAGGCAUACUGUCACAUACCUGGGUUCUAGAGAGAGAGAGAGAUGGAGAGGCGAGGGAAGAGCGGAAGAGAGAAGGAUGGAGGGGUGGGUUGGGGGAGACAGAGAGGAGGAAUAGACACAGGGAGGGAACAAAAGGAAACCCACUCGGCAAAAACUGGUUGAAUCAACAUUGUUUCCACGUUGUUUCAACAACAACAACGUGGGAAACGGAUUGGAUUUGCAACUUAAAUCCAAUGUCACGGGGACAUUUUAUUGUCAGCCAAAUGUAAAUGAAAAGUAGAUGUUGAAUUGACGUCUGCGCCAGUGGGAAGGGAGGCAGGCAGAGAGGACAUGUUGGAAAGAGCAUUCUCCCUUUCCCCCUUCUAACACUAGAGUCAGUAUUCUCCCUUUCCCCCUUCUAACACUAGAGUCAGUAUUCUCCCAUCUAACACUAGAGUCAGUAUUCUCCAUCUAACACUAGAGUCAGUAUUCUCCCAUCUAACACUAGAGUCAGUAUUCUCCCAUCUAACACUAGAGUCAGUAUUCUCUCAUCUAACACUAGAGUCAGUAUUCUCCCAUCUAACACUAGAGUCAGUAUUAUCUCUUUCCCCCAUCUAACACUAGAGUCAGUAUUCUCCAUCUAACACUAGAGUCAGUAUUCUCCCAUCUAACACUAGAGUCAGUAUUCUCCCAUCUAACACUAGAGUCAGUAUUCUCCAUCUAACACUAGAGUCAGUAUUCUCCCAUCUAACACUAGAGUCAGUAUUCUCCCAUCUAACACUAGAGUCAGUAUUCAUAUCAGUGAAAGCCUCUAAUCCAACAGGUAGAGGUCAUCUCAGUGAAAGCCUCUAAUCCAACAGGUAGAGGUCAUAUCAGUGAAAGCCUCUAAUCCAACAGGUAGAGGUCAUCUCGGUGAAAGCCUCUAAUCCAACAGGUAGAGGUCAUAUCAGUGAAAGCCUCUAAUCCAACAGGUAGAGGUCAUCUCGGUGAAAGCCUCUAAUCCAACAGGUAGAGGUCAUCUCAGUGAAAGCCUCUAAUCCAACAGGUAGAGGUCAUAUCAGUGAAAGCCUCUAAUCCAACAGGUAGAGGUCAUAUCAGUGAAAGCCUCUAAUCCAACAGGUAGAGGUCAUAUCAGUGAAAGCCUCUAAUCCAACAGGUAGAGGUCAUAUCGGUGAAAGCCUCUAAUCCAACAGGUAGAGGUCAUAUCAGUGAAAGCCUCUAAUCCAACAGGUAGAGGUCAUAUCAGUGAAAGCCUCUAAUCCAACAGGUAGAGGUCAUCUCGGUGAAAGCCUCUAAUCCAACAGGUAGAGAUCAUCUCCGUGAAAGCCUCUAAUCCAACAGGUAGAGAUCAUCUCCGUGAAAGCCUCUAAUCCAACAGGUAGAGAUCAUCUCCGUGAAAGCCUCUAAUCCAACAGGUAGAGGUCAUCUCCGUGAAAGCCUCUAAUCCAACAGGUAGAGGUCAUCUCAGACAACUCUUUCUGCCCCCUGCUUUACGACCCUCCUCUCCUCCUCUCUCUCUUUCCUUCCCUCGCUCACUCCGCCCAGCCUUAUUCUCCAAUAGACUGUAAACGUCUUAAUAUUGUCUUAAAGUGAUAGGCUAGUAGAGGACGUUAGACCACACCCCUUUCCCCGCCACCCUCGCUCCUGUUGAGCCAAUCCCAAGUCACCUUGCUCCCUAAGGAAGACCUUUGCCCCUCCCACGUUUCCACGGCGUUGGUGUGUAGAUGUUGUUAUUGCGAAAUUGUAAAGAAAAUAAUAAAUAAUGAAAAUGAUGAUUAUUAUGAAGAAGUAUGUUAAAAACAUUGGAAUGAGGGAGAAGAUGAUAUUAAAAGACUAUAAUUAUUAUGUGAGAACUGUACGGAAUGAUAAUAAUUGAACUUUGCAAUAAAGAAAAUGUUGAAUAUGAAA